AUUAAUAUGCUCUAGCUGACGUUUUGAUGUCUGGCAAAUGUUCUUCUGCGAAGCUCAGUGAGUCAUUUGUCCUACACGAACACCGUACCUGAACUUGCCAUUCUUUUUCUGGGUGUUUUUUUUCUCUUCUUCACAGCACGCUGGGCGCAAAUAGAUGUACAGUCCUUCAGCGGACAUGUUUGUGCGGAACGCCAUGGUUCAGAAGGACACUUUAUUUUGAAGAGGCUUGGUCCUUGGCACUCUGAGGGUCAGACGCUCGUGUGUUUGUGUGUGCGUGUGUGUUUGUGAGUGUGUAAAGCCCCCUGUCACGCUUGGCCAGUCUGUUGUUCAGGGCCCUGUUUGUGGAGAGGCAGUUGUGUGCGUCACAGCAAGAUUAGGAGAAAGAACUGAGGGGGCGGCAGUCGCAUUUUCCCCUUCCAUGGAGCACACACUAUAGGAAAUCGUGACAUUUUUAACCCUCACACCGAGUGUCGUCUUCGAGGAGCUGGCAACUAAUGUCAGGGGAUUUCCGCGUGACAGUGCUUUGUCAGGGCGGACUCAACGGUUUUGGGGGCCGGUCAUGGUGUCUGGGCCGGAGGUGUACGAUCCCCUUAGAGUGUGCCUCUUCCCGCCGCGCCUGAACGAGCAGCACCAGGCCUCUGGGCCUUCCCUCUUCUGUGACGUCAGCCUUGUCAACACCAGCAACGCCAGGUUUGCCAUCUCCGGCCAGUACUUCCGCCAGCUGCUGCUGUCGAAGUCUUCCCUGCCGCCCACAGCUGGCGUUUCAUACAACCGCCUCCCGCCGCUAGUUCCCUCUUCUGGACUCAGCCAGGGCGUCGUGCUGGUCCUGGAGCCGCCUUCCUCGAAACCUUUCGGGUCUCCUGCCAGGGCUCUGGGUACUCUUCCUGAACCACCCGGUUGAGGGGUAACCAGCGGACAUGAAGGGUAAGAGCAGGCAGAGCCGGGGAGGGGAGGCCGUGAUGGAGGGGUUGAUGAAGGACCGGGUGGACGGCCCAGAGAACACUAAGAUCACCCUUAGCUUCCCCCUCAGUGCCGCCCUGCCCGCUGCCCUCAUAGUUCACAACCAUCGCCCCUGCGCGGCCACGCCCUCCCCCUCCCCCCGCCGCCGACACCCCUCCAAGGGGUCCAACGAGGGGUCAGCGUGGAAGCUGGACACUGCUGCUGCCAAUGAGAAACGGCGGCACUUUAAGCCCCCCCGGCGUGACAGCUCCCCGUCCUCUUCCUCUGCCUCCUCCUCCCCGUCUUCUUCCUCCCCCAUGGAUCUUACUGCACUGGUAAAUAAGGACACCAAGUCCCCUCCGCCCCUUUUCAGAGGAGGUCUGGAAUCCCAGUUCCACAGGUUUGCCCCCAGGUCCUCCAACGGGCCAAUAGGGAGUUACCCAGGGGAGGGUCCCAGACUGACCAAUGGCACCGCCUCGCCUUCAGAGACUGCACAGAUCCUGUUCAACCUGAGCACUGUGGCCUAUCAGGGCCAGGGGGGGCGGGGCACGGAGAGAAAGGACAAAACAGUAAAACACGGAGGGAGGGCAGGCAGCCCUCAACUUGGACCAAACCUACACCCGCCCACCCUCCACCUUCCUCCUCCUCUUCCUCACCCCUCGGAGUCUUUCAUCCCGCUUCCCCCUCACUCCGCUUCCAACCACCCAGAUGGCCCCAAGCCGGAGCUGAUAUGUGGGGUGUGCCACCGCCUCUUCAGCUCCGCCUCCUCCCUCACAGCCCACAUGCGGCUGCACCGUGGCGGCCGGGCCCUCAGCUGCCAGCACUGUGGCAAAGCUUUCAUCCACAACAAAAGACUACAGUCCCACGAGGCCUCUUGCAGGCGCGCCCUGACCACGGCUCUGCCCCCUAGCCUCCCCCUUCUCCCCAUCCUGCCCAAAGAGGAGCCCCUGGAGGAGGGGGAGGUCAGGGUGGAGGGGGGGCAGAUACUGGGGGCGGCCGAGGAGGAUAUGAAGCCGGGCAAAGGGAAGAAAGGGCUAGGUCUCCUGGUUCGGCACGAGGGCGACGUGUCGGAGCUGGUCGGGGACGAGGACCACUUUGUCAAGGUGGUGGACGGCCACGUCAUCUACUUCUGCUCGGUGUGCGAACGCUCCUACAUGACCCUGUCCAGCCUGAAGCGUCACUCCAACGUCCACUCGUGGCGCCGCAAGUACCCCUGUCACUUCUGCGACAAGGUGUUUGCCCUGGCCGAGUACCGCACCAAGCAUGAGGUGUGGCACACCGGCGAGCGCCGGUACCAGUGCAUCUUCUGCUGGGAGGCCUUUGCCACAUACUACAACCUCAAAACCCACCAGAAGGCUUUCCACGGCAUUAACCCGGGCCUCAUUUCCAGCGAGAAGACAGCCAACGGCGGCUACAAGCAGAAGGUCAACGCCCUCAAGCUCUACCGCCUGCUCCCGAUGCGCUCCCAGAAAAGACCCUACAAGACGUACAGCGACUCCCUGGCCAACGGCCUGCUGCUGCCAUCGUCUGACCCCUCCGCCGCCCCUUUGCCCCUGGACUGCGGCCUACCCGGGUCCCUGGGCCCGGGUGAACUCCACGGCCUCAUCAGUGGCUCUAUGCCCAAGGGUAUGAAGCCCGACCCGGACGAAUUCCCGGCCGGCUUCCCUCUCACAGCGGGCCUGGAGCAGGGAGAGGUCCCUGCGCUUCCCUCCUCUAUGACAGACGUGGCCCUCAGGAGAGUAGCGGAGUCAGAACAGGUAGGCGGUCGCCCAAGCAGCUCCAAGUCAUCGUUCAGUAACAAGGUCAAGUCUCCCACGGUCAGCAGUAGCUCAGAGCUGGGUUUGUCGUCCGUCAUAACCUACGGCCACCCCAAACCCUCCGUCAUAGUGCACGGCACGGCGGUUUCAUCCGUCAUCGUCCACAGCAACCAGGUCACCUCCGGGAGUGGUAAAAGCCCCCUGAGCAGUCCCUCCCCUGAAGCUAGCAACAGCCAGACGCUUCCCAAGGCCAGUGUUAAGCCUAUUAAAAAGCAUAGGGAAAGUACAGAGGGCCACAGGAAGAGAGCUAAACUAGUGGACAGUUCAGACACCACGGAGGAGUCCGAGAGGAGAUCAGAGACAGGCAGGUUCCAUCAUAAGUCCCGCAAAGGGCAAAGCAAGGGUGACAGCUCCUCAGCCAGUCAGUCAUCUGUAGGGCCAGAGAGUAAAGGGUCUGGGCCGCUGUGCCAGAUCACAGUGCGGAUAGGCGAGGAGGCCAUGGUCAAGCGCAGCAUCUCCGAGACAGACCUGAAGAGGGACAGGAGCCCCCCUCCUUCCAAAGCCAAAAGGACGGACUCCUCCCCACCGGACGCCAAGGAACCUCGCCACUCCCACCACCACCAUCACCACCACAAACACCGCUCCCAUCGCAGUUCCAGUGUUGGAGUCGAAGGGGAGCGAGGGGGAGAUGGGGAAAGAGAGAAAGGAGAGGGGGACAGCAGGAGGAAUAGCCCGAAAGCCCCGGGCAAGGUCAGAGAAUACUACUUCCGCCAGGAGGUGCGCAAGCAGGGUGAGAGUGAGGACGAUGAGGACAACCUCUGGAGGCCUUACUACUCCUACAAGCCCAAGAGGAAGGCCCCUCACGUCCACAAAGCAAAGAAAUGGCAACGCAAACUGCACUAUAAACGCUCCCUCAGGCUCAUGAGGAGGGCAGAGAGACUCAUGGACCAUGUGAACAAGGAGGCAGAGGAUCAAGAGGAGGAGGACAUAAAGACGCACGAGGAUGAAUUGGAGGAGCAGGAGGAGGUGACAGAACGCAUGGAGCUGGAAGACGGAGAGGUGCCUGAAUGCCUCAGUGCGUCCCCCAUACUGUCAGAAGAGAAAGACAGAGGCAGAGUGGAGGAAAUGGUGGAGGUCCACCUAAAUCCCACUGAUUCUUCCCGAUCCCCUUCGGCUACCUCAGUCUCCCCAUCGGACACAAAACGCCGGCCCUGGUCCGACCGAAGUGCAUCGAAAUGUGAUACGUGUGGCAGAUGGUUCUCCAGCACCAGGAAGCGGGACAAACACGAGCUUAGCCACCUGCUGGAGUUUGUGUGCCUCCUCUGCAGGGCGCCCUUCCCUUCAAGGGAUGAGUUGGAGGAUCACCAGAGAGCGCAGCACCCCAAAGCCCCCGACGCCCCGUCUUUGCCACCUCAAUUGGGUUCCCAGCCCCGCGACCAGGGCCUGAGGACUGAGCCCACAGAGACGGACAGGGCAAGAGAAAGGGUUAUCCCGGGAAAGGGAAGUCCAAGUCGCCUGAGCAGGCGGUCGUUGGCGAGACACACCUGUCCACAGUGUCAUAAGGUGUGCAAAACCUCCUCCGCGCUAAACCGCCAUGUUAGGCGGCACGAGUUGAGCAGCUCCCCGGAGAGAGAGAGGGAGGAGAUUCAGCCAGAGCCAAAAGCAGCAGCGGAGACGGCAGUUAGCACUGUAAGCAAAGACCUAGACUCAACAGUAGAACACGUUCCUGUAGUUCAGUCUGUCCCAGUUAUCAGCUACCCAGAGCCACGGAAUAGCACUGAGGGCGUAGACCCGCAACCGUGCCAGCCUAGUGAUUUGAACGCAGAGCGCCCAACUUCAACACUGAACAGCAGCCCUGAACUCAAAGAACCCGAUGAACUCGCAGCUCCCGUUCCGGCCAGAGAGCCUAGUCCACAGAUUAUUCAGCCCCCUCCGGAGAUCCCCGCGGCCGACCGACCCACGCCCUCUCCCUCCUCCUUUCCCCCCUCCUGCUGCUCCUCGGCCCUCCAGGGUGUGCUGGUCAUGAGCAGUGGAGCCGAAUGUCUGGACUACCGGACCCCUAUGAAGAGGAGUCAGGAGGGGCUGGGUCACAGGAGGACGAGCCCUGCACCUGUCACCGGACCACCCACCGCUUCCCCGAACAGGUCCCUCGCCUCACAAAUGACAAUUAACCACGCUGCUUCUCCUCCGUCCGUUGUCAUGACAGCGGCCCCCCUCCGAGGGGCCUGUGGCGUAAAGCGGGAGGGGGAGACCGUGGAUAAAGGACCCAGGCAGGGAUGUGGGACCAGCAUCCUCCGUCACGCCGGUUUUAAGGACUCGCCGGCGGCCCGGGAUCUCAGGGUCCCACCCUUGUCCAGGAGCCCUAGUCCCAACCAAGCACAAGACCUCACCAUGUCUUCAAUCCUAGCCAGAGAGAGGGAGGUGGAGAGGGAGAGGCAGAGAGACUGGGACAGGGAGAUGAAGAGGGAGCUGGAAAGGGAACGGGACAUGGAAAGAGAGUUGGAACGGGGGAGACAGCGGGACAGGGAGCUGGAGCGGGCUCGUCAGAUCAGGGGGUCAUCUCACUCGCGCCAGGAACAGCCCAGAGACGCAGAGGUGACCCUCCUGGUACCCAAAGAGGAGCCGAUCAGUCCAGUACCGUCCCCGAUACACGCAUCCAUUCAAACCACUAUUAAAAGCCCCCCGUUGCAAAGGCGGCUUUCCAAGUCCCCCCACCGCUCCCCCACUGCCAGAGACCUGCUAAUGCAGGCCAACCGCCAGGCGGCCCAGUCCCAACGCGGCCCACCGGACCCCGGGAGGUUCCAGUUGCCCACUGGGUCGGUCGGCGGUGGCGACCGGCCCUCAGCCCACGCCCUGCUGCUCCCCCGGGGCCCCCCGCCGCCCGAGUUGGAGCGCCGCGACGACUCCCUGGCGCCGUCCGGGGAACCCCGCAGAGGAGAGGUCACCGGCGGAUACCCCGUGCAGGACUACCCCCUGCCGCUCAUCGUCCAGGGCGGCUACCGCUCCGGCAAGAAGCAGGACGACAACGUGCUCGUGUCCUACCCGACCGGGCCUCUCGCCUUCGGGCCGCUGGGGAAGAUGGUGCCUACCGGGGACCUGGCCAAAUUGCCCUUCUACCCCGACCCCUACCAUCUGCUCUACGGGCCCCAGCUGCUGGCCUACCCGUACAACCUGGCCGCCCUGCCCAUGGCUCUAAACAUGAUGGCCCCGGGAAGCGACAAGGUGGAGCCGCUGCCCUUCCUCCCCGCCCUCUUCAACUACGCCGCCGCCGCCGGUCCCUACGCCGGCAUGGCGCCACACCACCUGGUGGCCAACCCCAGCCUGUACAACAGCGGCGGCGGGGGCAAGAAACAACGGGACAGCAACAACGGCAAGCCCUAGGCCGGUUUCUAAGAGAGACGUGACAUCCGGGGGACUAUAUCAAAGUGGACGACCGGGGGGGGCCUGUGUUGGGGAAGGGGGAGGGGGUGGCCGUUGGCGCCUUUAGUCGACUGAGUACACUCACGCAGUCCCCUGCCUCCCUUUUGUAAAGUAACGAUCAGAGCCUAAGAGGGGUAUCAGGAGGAUGGGUGACGGGAGGAGGGUGAGUGAAGAAAGAGGGGGGGAGAGAAAAGGGACAGAUGCAUCAUUACAGACGGCUAGAUUCCGUCCUCUCCUUUCUUCUGUCUCUCCCCAUUCACCUCUGGCUUCUGUUCUCCUGCCUUUUUCCGUAGUAGUUCUAGAGCUUGAUUAAUUGUCCUUUCUGGCUCGUUAUGAUAAUAUCUAUAAUAUAAGAGUAAUAACAGCUAACAGGGUGUUGGGGUUUUUUUUUUUGUUUGCGAAAAACCAUUUAUUUUGUCUGCUUCCCUUUAUAGUGACAAACAUAAUAAUGAUCGUAAAUGCAGCUCUCGAGGGGGGCUUUGUGUUUAGGGGAAUGAACGGGAUCAGCCCCGAGACGACAGUCAGAGCAUUAAAUGACAGUGUGUGUGUGUGUGUUUGUUUGUGUGAAAGUUGUGUGUGCACGCCGAAGUGGGCUUCUGUUUGUUUGGCUCGUGCAAACGUGUGCACGUGUGCAUGACUGCGGUCUGCCGCCCGUGUGCUGACCAUUCCACGGGGGGGGGGGGGGGGGGGGGGGGGUUCUGAGGGGUUGGCAGCAUUCCCGGCACUAGAUGGCCCAGGUCAGUUGAUUGUCCAGUCGAGGGAAUUUCUGUCUUUCCAGUUCAUAAGGUGGCGACACUAGCUAACAAUGUGGCGCCCGGAGCGGAAUCGGUUUCUUGCAACAACGACAAAUCUUGUAUGGCCUCCGUUGACCCAUAACCAUGAUGGCCAGACGACUUGCAGUCGGGGUCUUUUUAGGCAUUUGUGUUAGUAUUUACCUGCUGCAAAAUGGCCGAAAUAUUUUCCUCAAAAAAAAAGUGGAGAGACGUGAAACGUGUACCAGAUUUAUAUGCACUGUAGCUGGCCACUGGGCGAGAAUCAAAAGCUAUUGUAGACCACGCACUUCCAGUUCUCCUUAUACUCAUCUCUCAUUUCUUCCAAUGAUUGAAAAUGCUGAGUAGCUGCGGAUCCAGAUUUUUUUUCUUCUGGUGUUUCCUGAAGCUUCUGCGCAUGUGUGGCUCCUGUUCGACAGUGCAAUAUACACUGGUGGACUGUGCUAGUUUGUUAACGCCAUCUGCUCUUAAAUACAUUAGAUGUACGUCAUUCAGAACAACACUGUAGGCUACUUGGAAACAGCACUUAGCUCAAAAAGAUCUAAACGCAUAUCCCUGUGAAUCGAAACUGAUCGAGAUCAAAUAAUGACAGUGCAGAAUAAUGCUGCAUGAAUGCUUCAUGUAAGACUUGAUUUAGUGCAGUAUGAUGCUAUUUACGCAAGCGUUCUGCUUUUCUAUUACGUUGGUUUCUGUUAGGCUAAUGUAUGAAAUUGAUCAGAAUGUGGUCUGUGUUGUCUAUUAGUAGACCUGAGACUGCUUAGAAGGAAUAAACGUGCAAAUCUGUAAAUAUACGUAGAAGCUUCGGGAAACGCAAAAUUUUGGUCUUAAGAUUGAAUAAAAAGGUGGAAAUUCCUAACAAAGUUUGAUCCUGGCCAUGGCCUUGAAAACAACACAAUAGGAAUCAGUCAAGCUUUUAUUUUUCAGUGGCCUUUUUUCCACCCCCUGAUGCCCCCUGGUGUCCACCAAAGACACUCCGUUUACUAGGCCGAGUCGAAAGGGGGGGUUCACGAAGGAACAGAAAGAUGGAAUCAGGGAAGAGUAGUUCCUGUGAUGUCCGGAGAGAAGGGAAAAUAGAGAAAUGAAAGCGGAAGUGAAUCACAAAGCCCAAGCGCGGCUAGGUCAGUACCCUGAACUGAGCUUCCUAGAUCUGGAUGUGAGAUCAAAACAGCCCGUCCCCUGGUGAGAGGGCAUAAAAACGGACGAUAACGGAGCUGGAUGAUUCAAUAGGGGUUUGAUUGUGUCAAACACCUUUUAGUUUUCCUUCAGCCCCUUUCUCCCUCCCUCAGCUCUGUAGGCUAGAGAAGAGAAGGAUGACGUCAUCUGCUCCCUCGGAGCUAGGGUCUGGCUUAGCAGCCGUUUUGUUGCUCAGAGUUUCCCAGAUGUCCUGUGGGAUUUAUCUGUUAUGUUCUCUGUACGUUUCCUUGUGUCACACUACGUUUUUGUUUCACUUUUUUGUUUUUGUUUUACCCCCCCCCCCUUUUUGCUAGCUAGAAAUAAAUGGCUGGAGCAAAAAAGGGGUUUUGAGUACACUUAUGAAUAUGAAUGUAAUUUUAGUCAAGAGGUUAAUGAAGUACAAAACACAUUAAAGGUAGAUGGAUUUCUGUUUUUCUGACUUGAAAAAUAACAUGUAAAGAGCUGUUAUGAAGUCUGUUAUGCAUACAUUAUAAACAGUAGUCCUAGGAACAUGUCAAGAAACUUGGGUUCUGUAUCCACAUAAGCAUGAGCAACACUCGCUUCCUAACAGUUUAUAUUCUCCUUGGUAUCCAACAUCUCUUGCUUUUUCCUCUCUGCCACUUUCAGUUUCUUUUUCCUUCCUCAUUCUGUUCCAUUUCCCCCAUUAUGUCAGCUCUCUAUCUGUACUUUCUCUUGGUUGUAUUGGUUCCUGAGUUAUAACCCCUUUCCCAAAAUAAAAAAGGCAGCUGCCAUGUUUAUUUUCCCCAAUCUGUCUUGGAGCUGACCAAUGACCCUCUUGUCCUCCCCAGACACACACACAUUCACUUCACACUGCAUCUUUGAGGUAUGUAUGUGAUGACUCUGCUGCGUUGUUAGUUUCGACCAGGUGGAGGAAAAAACAGCAUGACCAACCGCGGGCCCCCACCUGAGUGUGGUUACAAGUCAUUUGUGGCGUGUGAGUGAGUGAGUGCGUGUGUGUGUGUGUGUGUGUGUGCGCGAGAGUGUGUUGGCGUGUGCGCACGCGUGAAAAAGGAAAACCAAAACAAAUCUGCCUGUAAGCAGCAUAACCCUCGGGGUAUAGGGACCGCCUGUUUAAAAAUACAAAAGACUUUCAGUGAUUUUGUUCCAGAGCCCUCCCUCUCUCUCUCUCUCUCUCUCUCUCCCUACCCAGUUGUAUAAACUCCAUACUGUACCCAUCUAAUGCCUUUUCACUAGAUGCACAGAAUUGUGUUUUGUAAAAGAACAUUUCUUAUGCCACAGUUUUGCCGUCACGGUGAUCAUUCCCCGACCAAACGCCUGAAAACAGAUGGAGAUUGAAUACUGGUGACGUAACACGCGUAUUUACAAUAUGUCUAGUAAGUUCAAAUGAAUUGUGCCUCCGCUUCGAUAUAUUUAAACGUAGCUGUAUUGAGAUGAUGAGGAUCUUCCAGAUUUCAGAUAAGGUGCCUUUUCUUGGCAUAAGAAAUGUAAAUGGUACACGGCUCGAUUUAUCAAAUGGCAAAAUGGCUUGGAGAAAAUCCUGUGGCUUAGUUUGCUGAAGCUGAUUAUAGUUCUAGGGAGUGGCUAAACUGUUUGGUAUUGUGUAUGUUUAGGUAAAUACUGUGCCAUAGUUUUUAGAGUCCACAAAUAUGUUAUUGUUUUUCUUCUCAAAUAUAUAAAAUGUUUUAAUGUUGCCUGAUAACUUUGUCUCUGGAUUUGAUACAAAGGCUUGUAGCCACAGCUCUCCCAAAGUCCCUCAUUUGUUUUCUUUUAUGUUCCUUUAACUCUUUCCUCUUGUUCUCCUCUCUCCCUCGUUAUUCUCGCUACAAUCAAACAAAUAAAGUAUUAACCUGAUGACCCAACAUA